UGAAAAGGUGUAGUUUUUGUUGAAUGAAAAUUUUAAUGUCUCAGCAACACAGGUAACGACAUCUCUGAACCUCGAAGUGUUUAGUAUUACCACAGCAGGUGAUUGAUCCCCUGUUUACCGAGCUAAGAUAGUGCUAGCACGGACCUGAGGGAUCGAGUGUAUCCUUCUGAAUCUCAAGUUCCUUUCACGAGUUGAUUUUGGUUUGAUUUGAAACAUAUUUGCUCAUUGGCUGAGGCUGUUCUGUGAAGAUGGAUGGAAACAAACAGUCCUAUAGGCCAUGGUCGACUGCAACCAUGAAUUCAGAAAUCGCAGCAGCCGCGGAUAGUAGAAUGGAUCUUUCGCGACACAUGCAGGUUCCUGACAAGAUCUACGUUAGCGAGUCCCACUCCACUCCAAGCAGCCACCCAACACCGACGUAUCGAUCCAGUGCUGUGUCCACACCACAGACGGCGAUACCAUCGGCAGCCGAGCUAAAUCGCUCUGCAUCGGGCGGUGCUGCGGACUAUACCGAAACCGGCAUGAGUGUACCCCGUAGAAUUCUAAUGGGAGGCGACACUCCGAGCAGUCACACAACAGCCCGGCCACAUUUUCCCGAGUCGGCAAUGGUUAGCGAGCCGACACAUGCCGGUGCAGGACGACAGCUAGGCACGCCGCAGAGAUUUGAGGAUUUGCACUACAGCCACGCCCUUGAAGAGCAAUCCCGCCCCGUCAGUCAUGCCGCUGCGUCGGCUGUGGCAUUGCGACACGAUGGCUCUUCCCCCGAUCAUAUGUUGUCCGAGAUCGACGGCUUGAAGCGGCGAGUCGCUCUGCUGGAGAAGCGGCUGGCAGCCGGCGGUGGUGGUGGCUCAGGUGAUGAGUCGCCGCGCGGAGGUGGCUUGCUGAUGGUCAUGAUUCUAAGCUUCUGGCUCUUCAAUCCCGUCAUGUUCUACUUGUGGAGAGGAUCGAGAUAACCGAGACUGUUACCGGCGGAGUGUGUCUGCGUGGCCAGGCACUGCGUUAGUUCCGGCCACUCGUGUGAAUCGCAACCGGGCGUUUCCAAAGUGGAAUCACGCUGUUUGAUUCGUUUGCUGACGCCAACGCCACUCGGCCUGUGAGAGGUCAUCAAUGAAUUCUGGAUGCUAUCCUGUAACGUGUAAUACAGCUCAGUCUGACUCUCAAUAUGUCCUUGCUACAAUUCCCCAGGGCUGCAACAGUGCAUUUACUACUAGUUCUGAGCUGCUCACUCCUGACGUCCUCAUAUUACUGAGCUGCUCACUCCAGACUUCCUGCAACUAUUUUUCAAUGUACUACCGUUUCUUACCUCGGUAGUAUGGGAUAUGGGCAUAUGGCCUUUGUUACUUUUCCAAAUGUCUUUCCAUACUCCAUAGUUACCUCUUCCCCCUUUCCCUACAUUUUAACAUUAUGUUACACUACUUCGAAGGACUAUUAUGUAUGUAGUUUGAGCAGAAUUUUCUGUGAGUUCUUA